CAUUGCUCUGACGUGUUGUGUUGCGAUGUGUUGUGAUGCAUUAUGAUGUGACGGGUUGUAAACAGAUUGUUCUGAUGCAUCAUAUUAGGUCUGACCAAUGUCAGACGUUAAUAUUUUAUAUUUAAUUGAUGCAGUGACAGUAUAGCGGUGUGUUGUUUGCGUUUGUUCACCAUGAAUUCAAGCUCAUCAGAUGAAUUUGAUGAAGAAAUUGAAGAAUGUGCUGUUGCUAUUAUUUGUUCUACAAAACCUAAGAAAAAAAAAAAGUUGGAUUCACGAAAUAAACGAAAAUAGAGAAUCAUUUGGCGAAUAUCAUACUUUAGUGAAUCUACUUAUUAAAGAUGCAAAUCGCUUCCAUAUGUACUUUAGGAUGUCCAGGGAUCAAUUUGAAAGUUUACAUGGAAAAAUUGAAGAAAGAAUAAAAAAAAUUGAUACCACUUUUCGAAGAGCGAUCUGUACAAGAGAAAGAUUAGCUGUAUUUUUAAGGUAAAUAACUUUUAUUUCUAAAUAAGUAUCUACAGUAAUAUUUUACAUAAAUGGGGUAAAUCCGUGUUCAUACAGCGAUGGAGAGUAGGAAGUACUCGUACCAGAUUGUGGACAGCUGCUCUGAGUUGAUAAAUUAGUUGGAUUUCGCAAAGGAGUAAGUUGCACGUAGGAAGUACUCGUACCAGAUGAUGGACAGUUGUUGUAUUGAGUUGAUAAAUCAGUUGGACUAUGCAAAGGAGUGGAUUGCAGAGAUGAUGUUGACGUUGACUGAUUAUCUGUGGAGAUUGUCACCGAGACGGGAAGGCUUUUUGCAUCCAAAUUCCUGAUUUCUGCUUCAGAUACCAUUCGGCAAAACUCCAUUCUAAUAUAUGCCUGUUCCCUUUGUGAUUCUUAGCCACUGGCAAUUCAUUUCGAUCUCUUGGCUUCAGUUAUAAAAUGGGAUUUAGCACAGUUCGUGAAAUUAUCAAAGAAGUAGCAAAGGCCAUAAAGGAACUUCUAGCAUCAGAAUUUUUACCAAUACCCACAGAGCAACGAUGGGAAGAAAUAAGUGCAAGAUAUCAGUCUAUGUGGAACUUUCCUAACUGUAUAGGCGCUUUAGACGGAAAGCAUAUAAAUAUUCGCUGUCCUAUUAAUGGCGGAUCAAAUUAUUAUAACUACAAAGGUUGUAACUCAAUUGUUCUGCUGGCGCUGGUGGAUGCUAAUUACCGAUUCAUAGCGAUUGAUGUGGGCUCAUAUGGUCGCAACAGCGAUGGAGGAAUUUUUGCCAAGUCUUCUCUGGGAAUUUCGUUAGCUAAUAAUACACUGAAUCUUCCAGCUGAUAAGCCGCUUACACAAAACGGUGAAGCUUUACCUCAUGUUAUUGUGGGAGACGAAGCUUUCCCACUAAAAUCGUAUUUAUUACGCCCCUAUAGCCGGCGUUAUGUAGCAGGAAAUGAGCCAAAUAAAAUUUUUAACUAUAGGCUUUCGCGGGCUAGGAGAGUAGUGGAAAAUAGUUUUGGAAUUCUUGCAGCACGAUGGCGAAUUUUUCUUAAGCACAUGGAAAUACAACCAGAUUUUGUUGAUGACAUAGUAUAUGCCGCAAUUUGUCUUCAUAAUAUGUUAUGCUGCAAUAAUGAUUUUGAGCCAGAAGAAAUAUAUCGUAACACCCUCGAAUCGUGUUUUACAUUAGUGCCACCCUUGGGUCAAAAUUCUACUCAAGAUGCUUUUCGCGUUCGGGACAAAUUUAGAGAUUAUUUUCUAUCAGAUAUUGGUAGUGUACCAUGGCAAUUAGAAACUGUACGACGUGGACGUAACGUAAUAAUAAAUUUAAAAAAAUACAGUACCUAUGUAACUAUGUAUGUAUAUAAAAAUAAAUAAAAUAAAUUAAAAUAAGCUUA